AAUGAAAAUAAAAAUAAAUUAAAAAGCAAUAAUCCGUCUGUGUUGUUCUUUGCCUCGAUCACGGAGAGAAAACGAUUAUCGAUUUAGCUUUCGAUUUGUGUUUAAUGCAGCAUGUUUAGUACUUAAAGCCGGAGAAAAAUCGGUCGUAGGGUUUGUGCUGUCAACAGUAUGCAUUGUUCCGGCGAUUUACGGUAGAGAGAUGCCGGCGUUGAUUCAGCCGAAGAGCUUGCUGAUUUUCGCGGCGGCUUUAGUUCUCGUCUUUCUCGCUUUCUCCUUCUCUCGACAGCAGGUAGAGAAGACAGAAAAGGUCCACGAGAUCACCCAUAUCGUAUUUUUGGAUGUCGACAUAGAUGAACAACGUAUAGGUAGAAUUACUGUUGGAUUAUAUGGUCAAGUUGUGCCAAAGACUGUGGAGAAUUUUAGGGCUUUGUGUACAGGGGAGAUGGGAAAAGCCGUAAAUAAGAAAGUUCUACACUAUAAGCGAACCCCAUUUCAUCGUAUUAUACCUGGAUUCUUGAUACAAGGUGGAGAUAUUGCCUCUGGAGAUGGAAGAGGAAACCAAUCUAUAUACGGUGGCACUUUUCACGACGAGAAUUUCAAGUUAAAAGACUCGCAUGCAGGUGUUCUGGCCAUGGCGAAUUCAGGUCCCGAUUCUAACGGGUCACAGUUUUUCAUCACAACAGUCAAGGCCUACUGGUUGGAUGGUGAGUAUGUUGUUUUUGGCAAAGUCAUCGACGGAAUGGAUACAGUGUACGCAAUCGAGGGGAGUGCCGGGACCUACAGUGGUAAGCCGAGGAAGAAAGUAAUCAUUUCUGAUUCUGGGGAAAUAUCGAAGAACGAGUCGGAAGAAGAUAGUCGAAUUUCAAUAACGUGACAAAUAAAAAGCAUCCAAGAUCUCAGUCGGUUAGAUUUCUUUCGUCUCCAUCCUUCUCUCGUUUUUGUUUAAUUAAACUAUUGACUGCAACAUCACUGUAUAUUUGAUCACCUGUGAUUUGUUUAAAGAAAGAAAAAAAAAAUAUCAGCGUCUCGUUAUCGUCU